GGUGGGCGGAGGCGGCCGGAGGAACGAGCGGGCCCAGGGCUUGCUGUUGCCCAAAUUACGCCGAGGCACGUGUGCAGUUCCGGAAGCGGCUCCGGGAAGCUGCCCAGCGCGCGCAGCCGGAGGGAAGGUAGCCGGUGCGCUCGGGUCGGGUGUGGCUUGGCCAUGGAGUCACUGCCUGAGCCCGCGUCCCGGCUCGGACCCCGCUGGCUUCUGCUUCUCCCCCUUCUACUGUUGCUGCUACUGCCAGCCCCGGAACUGGGCCCAAGCCAGGCCCAAGCCGAGGAAACCGACUGGGUUCGCCUGCCCAGCAAAUGCGAAGUGUGUAAAUACGUCGCUGUGGAGCUGAAGUCAGCCUUUGAGGAAACUGGCAAGACCAAGGAGGUCCUUGACAUGGGCUAUGGCAUCCUGGACCGGAAAGCUUCUGGAGUCAAGUACACCAAGUCGGACUUACGGUUAAUCGAAGUCACUGAGACCAUUUGCAAGAGGCUCCUGGACUACAGCCUGCACAAGGAGAGGACUGGCAGCAAUCGGUUUGCCAAGGGCAUGUCAGAGACUUUUGAGACGCUACACAACCUGGUACACAAAGGAGUCAAGGUGGUGAUGGACAUCCCCUACGAGCUGUGGAACGAGACCUCCGCUGAGGUGGCCGACCUCAAGAAGCAGUGCGACGUGCUGGUGGAGGAAUUUGAGGAGGUGAUCGAAGACUGGUACAGGAACCACCAAGAAGAGGACCUGACUCAGUUCCUAUGCGCCAACCACGUGCUGAAGGGCAAGGACACCAGUUGCCUGGCAGAGCAGUGGUCCGGCAAGAAGGGGGACACAGCUGCCCUGGGAGGGAAGAAGUCCAAGAAGAAGAGCAGCCGGACCAAGGCGGCAGGCGGUGGCGGCAGCAAACAGAGAAAGGAGCUGGGUGGCCUCCAGGGAGAUCCCAGCCCCGAGGAGGAUGAGGGCGUCCAGAAGGCAUCCCCCCUCACACACAGCCCCCCUGAUGAGCUUUGAGCCUAACCCAGCAUCUCCUGAACCGAGACCCCUGACCUGGAAGUUGAAGAAUCGGGGGCAUGGCUCUGCCAGGCAAAGACAGUUCUCGGGGUCCUCUUCCUGCCGGGGAAAGCCACAGCACUGAGGAGAACGCAUCAGCUUCCGUCAGCCCGCGCCGGCCUUUGCCCUCCGCCAAGCGUUUUUCUCCUGGCAAGUCUUCAGGGAAGCCAUGCGAUGUGGGGACAGCAGAGGAUUCCAGUGUGGACUCAAGAGGGGCAGGUCUGGGAGCUGGGCCCCAGGGCUGGAGCCCUCGGAAGACCUUGGGGAGGGCACACCCGGCCUCCACCUCCUGCGCCUCCUCCCCCCGCGGGGCAGGAAGGCUGCAGGCCCCAGCUCCUCUCUGCUCACUCCUUCUCUAGACACUUUGUGCUCUGCCCGGCCCUCCUCAGGGCUCACAGAGUAAAAACCUUUUGGCCUUUUU